UUUUUUGCGCAGCCGUGCGCAAAGCGGUUGAUUUUCUACUGAAAGCGCAGAGGGACGACGGUGGCUGGGGAGAAAGCUACCUCUCCUGUCCAAAGAAGGUAUAUGUGCCAUUGGAAGAUAAUCGCUCAAACUUGGUGCACACAGCGUGGGCAAUGAUGGGUCUAAUCCAUUCAGGACAGGCUGAUAGAGACCCUACACCUCUUCAUCGUGGAGCAAAGCUUUUGAUCAACUCUCAGUUGGAAGAUGGUGAUUUUCCCCAACAGGAAAUCACUGGAGUUUUCAUGAAGAAUUGCAUGUUACAUUACGCGGCAUACAGGAAUAUAUACCCGCUGUGGGCUUUAGCAGAAUACAGGAAACGAGUUCCACUGCCAUCAACAACAAGAAGCCUCUAAUAACACCUAGUGUUAAAAUUAUGAAGCAAUAAAUGUAUCUCUUUGUUUCCUUCUUUUUACUAUGCCUUUAUAACUUUUUUCUUUCAAUAAUAUUUAUUUUGAUGUAAAGAUUUAACGGAUACGGAAUACUGGAUCAGAAUGUGGUUCGUUUACGAUAAUAUCAAAUAUUAAUAAAUAAAGUUUGUUGUUUUC